AUGUCGAAUCGCGGCGGACGAGGGGGCAGAGUGUUUAGGGGAGGAAACAGCGGCGGCGGCGGUGGUGGCGGCGGCAGAGGCAACCGCUCGCAUUCGGGGCCCUGGGGGAGAUUGAAACCCGUCGAUCUGGACCCCCUCGACAGCAUCGGAUUGCCAUCAAAGGGUGACACCAGACUUCUUGACUUCAAGACCCAGGAGCGAUACUACACAAAGAUUGUCGAGCGAUACAUGACAUUCUGCUCCGACGCUGGCGAGCGCGACGAGCUCCUUCGGCGCUUCGCGUCGCUCGACAUUAAGGGAUCCCCGGCUGCCUCUGCCGCAUCCUCUCCAAGACUACCUCCAGACGAUCCAGCCAACACAAAGGGCUUAUCAGACGUCAUGAUGGCGCUGCGAAAGCUCCGCGAAGGCAUCGUCGCAUCGAAACGCAUCGACGACUUCGCCAUCCAGGUGUACCUCUUCAAUAUCCGCCUGUCCGUCCUCAUAAAGCACCCCGAGUCUUACCACCCCGCGAUCCUUCAUGUACUGAGGACGAUACACCCCGCUCAGAACCUGACGAGCGUUGAGUUACAGGAGGUCCUAAGCUACCUCGUACUCGAUGCGGCGUGCCGUCGCCAGGACCUCGCCGAGGCCUACGCGAUACGCCGUCGCUAUGGGCUGAAGGAUGCCAAAGUGGAUGCGGUUCUUGCGGCUCUGGCGCACGACAACUUCGUCGCUUUCCGGAAGGUGCAGAGGAGUGUUGACGGGCACCGCGCCAAGUUGCUGGAGUUCGCCGAGGGGGAAAUGCGGACACACGUGCUGAAGUGCUUUGGGCGGACGUAUUUAGGUGUCGACAAGGAGUGGCUUGAAAGGUGUGCGGGGGAGAGCUGGGAGGUGUUGGUGAGGGAUCGCGGUGUGGGGUGGGAGCUUGAUGGGACGCGAGUCGUUAUUCGUAAGGUCAGGGCGAAAUGA